AGAGACAGAGAGAGAGAGGCUGGAAAAGAAGAUGACAUGCAGCAAAUGCAAGCAGCCACUUUUGCCCCUCCCUUCCUCUCUACUCUUAACUCUCUCAACCUCAACUUCGUCGCCUCGUAUCUUUAUUGGACUCAAAGCCGCUUUUCUCCCCAUUUUUUUUUUUGGGUAAUAGUAUAAUUUUUACCUUUCCUUUCUUUCCGCCUUUUCCUUCUCUUUUCUCUCUUUCAUUAAGAAUUAGAACAAGUCCUCCACUCCUCGAAUCUCCCCUGAAAGAAAAGAAAAAAAAAAAAAAACACUAGAAUAAUAAAAACCCGCAACAAAAAGAGAGGACCCAUUUAAUACUGCAAACAGAAAAAUAUAUAGUAUAUUAUUAUCUACAUAUUAUUGUUUUUUUUAUUUUUUUAUUUUUGAGAUGAAAAGAGAGAAGGAAUAGGAAUAAGAAAGCCUUUCAACUCUCAACCCCAAGUCAUGGAUUCUUUUGUUGUGGCGGAAUUUCAAGCAUCCUUUCUUGGCUUCAAAAAGUUGGGGUUUUUAUGGUAAUGUGGGUGUUGUGUUGAGUGCUCUCCUAUUAUUCAGCUGUUGUUCCCAUGGAUUCCCAUUUUCAGGGAGUUGCACUUGAUCCAUCAAAAUGUAGUAAAUUGAGUAUGGAUGAAAAGAGGGAACUUGUCUAUGAAUUAUCAAAGAGGACAAAUAGGGCCUCUGAAAUGCUACAAUCAUGGAGCCGUCAGGAGAUUUUACAGAUCCUAUGUGCUGAGAUGGGGAAGGAAAGGAAAUAUACUGGCUUGACCAAGCUGAAAAUAAUAGAGAACCUUUUGAAAAUUGUAGGUGAAAAGAAUUCAGGGGAUCAUGAGGGUGUAACACUUACUGAGUCGCAAUCUUCCCCAACAAAUGGCCAGAGAAAUUUCAAAAGGCAAAGGAAAGCUGAUCAUCCUUCCCGACUGCCCUUUCUGGUGAAUGAUCUUGCAAUCAAUAAUGGUGGAAUUGAUAUGACCAAUGCUAUUUAUUGCAAAAACUCGGCUUGUAAGGCUACCUUGAGACAAGAAGAUGCAUUUUGCAAGAGGUGUUCCUGCUGCAUCUGUUGUAAGUUUGAUGACAACAAGGAUCCUAGCCUGUGGUUAAUUUGUAGCUCAGAGCCUCCUUUCCAGGGCAAUUCUUGUGGCAUGUCAUGUCAUCUUGAGUGUGCUUUAAAACAUGAGAAGUCUGGUAUUCAAAAAGAUAAACAACAUGCUGGAUUUGAUGGGAACUUUUAUUGUGUAGCAUGUGGGAAAGUAAAUGAUUUGCUCGGGUGCUGGAGAAAACAACUGAUGGUGGCAAAAGAUACGAGGAGGGUGGACAUACUCUGUUAUCGCGUCUCUUUAGGACAAAAACUUCUUAAUGGGACUGAAAAAUACCAAAAUCUUUUUGAGAUUGUUGAUGAAGCUGUUAAGAAGCUUGAAGCUGAAGUAGGUCCAUUAACUGGUGUGCCUGUGAAAAUGGGUAGGGGUAUUGUUAACAGGCUUUCUUCAGGACCAGAAGUUCAGAAACUCUGCUCUUCUGCAGUGGAGGUACUGGACAAAAUGCGUUUUGAUGCUAUCUCAAAUCCUUCCCCAGAUCAUUUGAUACCAGGUUCAAGUUCGACUUCUCCAUCUAUUGUACGCUUUGAAGAUGUUCAACCAACUUCCAUUGCUGUGAUUGUGGGUUGUGAAGAAACUUUACCCGGCAGUAUUAUUGGUUACACCUUAUGGCAUCGCAAGGUUCAUGAUAGGGAUUACCCUGUUAAAUCAACUUGUACCCUGUUUGUGCCAAAUACAAGGUUUGUGGUCACAGGGCUGACUCCAGGUACAGAGUAUAAUUUCAAAAUUGUCUCCUUUAAUAGGACAAGAGAGUUUGGCCCAUGGGAAGUUCCAAUUUCAACAGCCUGUAGCGGGGAGGAAGUCCCAAGCUGCCCAGUGAUGGAAAGAAGUCAAAGCCCAGCAACCAACUAUAGCAGCCUUUCUAAUCCAUCUUCUGUGGAGGAUGAAACUAAUAACAUUACUACGUAUAGUGAUCAUACUGAUGACCGGGCAGAUAAUUAUGUGACAUAUUGCAAGGACGCUGAUAAAAUUGUUUCCACAAAUCUAUCUAAGGGUGCUAUCAACUGCACUGUCCUUGGUGGAGAUGGAACUCCAGCAGAUGCAGUUUCUCUGUUGGGUGAGGAACGUGCCAUGGAGAUGGUUGGUCCUAUGCCUGAAUCUGUUGUCAUAAAUGUUGAGAAAAAGCACACAUCGCAGGACCCAAUUACUGAGGAUACAAGCACUGAUAAUGGCUCUGAUGCCCCAGUUCAGAUUGGUACCGAGUGUGUGCCAUUUGUGGGUUGCUCAGAAGCUGGUUUGCCCAUUACUCCCUGCAGGAUGGAAAUAAUUAAAGAUGGACAAGGAUGGAGUGGGAGAUCUAAAUCCAGCAACAAGGACCUAGAGAAUGGGGCUGGGAAAGGAGAAGAUCCCCAAGAUGGCAGCACCUGGAAGAAGAGAAGCGGGGAAAGGCGGGACGAAGAAUGUGUGGAAAAUGGUCUCCCAGAUACGGAUUUUGAGCAUUGCGUGAAGGUGAUCAGAUGGUUAGAGUGUAAGGGACAUAUUGAGAAGAACUUUAGACAGAAAUUCCUCACCUGGUACAGCUUGAGAGCAACCCCACAGGAGGUAAGGAUUGUGAAGGUCUUUGUUGAUAUUUUCAUUACAGAUCCAGCAGCACUUGCCGAGCAGCUUGUUGACACAUUUUCAGAUUGUAUCUCAAGCAAAAAAUCAUCCGUGGUGCCCGCUGGCUUUUGCAUGAAGCUUUGGCAUUGACGUCAAUGGAUCAUGCUGAGAUUAAGUAGUUUUUGAGUGCAAACCUGCUCAGAGUUUGUGUUAAGCAUAAUUCUUUAGACCCAUAACAUUCUUCAUAUAGACUGUCACCAUGAUUUGUAUUUACCAUUAGCUUUUGCCAUUCUUAUGAUUAUGUAAGAAUGCCAGAAUUCUUAUCCUUUUGUAUAACAUUUCAUCGCUCAUUCACUCAGGUUGUAAGUCCUAAUGUUGUUUCAGUUUCAUUCUUUAUAAUUUCCUUAUAUAUGUCUCAAGCAAAAGUAAUAGCAAUCCAAGAUCACAGUGUAAUGGAUGCGUCCACAUUGAAUGGCAGGCAUUUUACCUAAAAUCUCAUUUUAAAUUAAAUAUAUUUGGCGAGGUUGGUAUUUGGUAGUGCUUAGGAGGUGAGGUUAAUUUUGAAAACUGGUCCCUAUGUCGUACUCCUCUGUUUCAUAAAUAAUACCGAGUUC